AUGAUGAAGCUCUCUCGUUUCUUCAAGCUGCUUUUUGUUGUGCUUUUAGUGUUUGUCAUUGUUUUCUUUCAAAAACAACAUAUAAAACACAAAGAUUUGCACAGAACAUCUCGGAUAUUAAAUUGGCCAUGGCCAUCAUACCAUGUACCGAAAAUAUGGCCGCCAUAUUCCUCCCCAUCCGUCUACCCUAAGAGUCCAUCGGUUCAAAUACCAGAAUCUCCACCUCCAGAUUACCUUGAGAAUCCUUACAAGUUGCGGGUUUUUAAUGUGUUGGACUUCGGUGCUCAGGGGAAUGGUGUCAAAGAUGACACUGAAGCAUUCAAGGACACUUGGAAUGCUGUUUGCCAAGCUGAAAUUAGCACUGCUGUCAUGUUUCUUGUUCCUAACAAUUUAUCCUUCUUGAUUCAACCUAUCGUUUUUGAGGGGCCUUGCAAAUCUAGGCUUGUGUUUCAGAUUGAGGGAACCCUUAUGCCUCCGGAUGGACCCGAUCAAUGGCCCCCAAACACCAAGAGGCAAGACUGGCUGCUCUUCAAAGAAGUCCAUAGAAUGCUAAUGCAAGGGAAUGGUCUUUUAAAUGGGAAAGGAGAGAAAUGGUGGGACCUCCCCUGCAAGCCUCACAAGAACUACAUGCCUGCUGAUGAUAUUAAUUUUGUGUCAAUGUUGGAACAGGGAGGAAAGGGUUCUUGUGAUAGCCCAUCUAUCAUAAGGUUCUCAAAAGGGUCAGAUUUGUUUGUUCGAGGACUUAGGCUUGAGAACAGCCCCAAGAUUCAUAUUCGUUUUGAUAGUUGUGAACAUGUCAGUGUCGAAAGCAUUAGCAUAAUUUCACCUGAAGACAGUCCCAACACAGAUGGAAUCCACAUAGAGGACACAACCAAUGCCGAAAUACACCAUUCAACCAUUUCCACGGGCGAUGAUUGCGUCUCGAUUGGAACGGGCUGCUAUAACGUGGAUAUAAGCUACAUGACGUGUGGUCCAAGUCACGGAAUAAGCAUAGGUAGUCUUGGCGAAGGAAACUCACAAGCCUGUGUUACAAACAUCACAGUGAGUGACUCAAUCAUCAAGAAUUCCGACAACGGUGUUCGGAUCAAAACAUGGCAAGGCGGCUCCGGCAUGGUAUCUAAAGUAACCUUCAAGGACAUUCACAUGGACACAGUUUUAAACCCCAUUAUCAUAAACCAGUUUUACUGCCUCAAGAAACAAUGCUCCAACCAAACUUCUGCAGUAUUGAUUGACAGUGUUCACUUCUCAAACAUAAUGGGCACGUAUGACAGUAGAAAGCCUCCGAUACAUCUUGCUUGCAGCGAUUCACUGCCAUGCAAAAAUCUGACCCUGUCGGGAAUACACUUGCUUCCUGCUCAAGGAGGGACUCACUUGGAUCCAUUUUGCUCGCAAGCUUUUGGUACUAAGGAUGCAUUUUCCACUCCACGGGUUCCAUGUUUGAUGACAGGUUACCCCAAAGGGCUGGAAAAUGAGGUGGAUAGGUCAUGUUUUUAG